GGCAACACCUUGAGUCUGGCAGGAUCAAAGCUGCUCAACUAAAACACCAUCACCACCGCUCUAUGGCCCUGGGGACAGCUCCACCCUAAAACAACAGAUAUGGCACAUGAAAUCGACUGGUUGCGCAGUCAGGCAGCCGUAUGCAAAGUAAACCACUACUGCCCUGAAGGACAGAAAGACCAGGAUCGCAAAAUGAUCUGUUUUGUUGAUGUAUCCAGCUUAAAUAUGAAGGACAAAUGUCAGAGAGGAGGAGGAUACAAUCAUCUUGACUUGGCGAGUUUGGAGGAUAAAGAAGUUAUUGUAAUAAAAGACAACGAGCGAAACAAUCCUAAUAAUACGGAAGGUGCGGUCUGCCUUUUCAAGCAAGGCUCCUCUGAGGAACUCAAUGUUGUGAGCUGGCUGAGCAACGACCUUCAGAAAUACGCAAUUGGAUUUCAGCAUGCACUGAAACCUGCAAGUGGUUCUCGUAAAACUCAGCCCUACACCAUCUCAUCCGACAAACUGAUCCCUACUACCCCUGGUCCAAGGGGAAGCUCAGAUGAACCUUCAUAUGUCAAUAAACUCUGCUCCCUGGUUGUUCAAAAAGCACGUCAGGAGAUCAAGGAUAAACUGGAAUGUAGCGGCAUGCGCCAGCCCUCUACUGCUGACCGUAAGGUUUCAACUCCGGCAUCCCCUGAUAGCUGUUCAGAAAAGCCGUGGUCCCUGGAUUUGCAUGCAAAAGACAUUUUCGGCAUGGCAUUGAAGAUGAUACAGCAACACUUAGUGGAAAAAAACAGGGAAGCUGUCCGUGAGUCACAUUCCACUACCCCAAGCUACACUCACAGGGAGUCCGCUAAUUAUGACCGGGCUGGAGCAUGUCAAAGACCCAUAUCUACCCCAGUGGCAGGUGGGUUACAAGAUCCUCACCAUGAACCAAAGCCAGGUAUAUCAGGGAUCCUUUUGUCACUCGUCCAAAAGGUCUUGCGCGAUGCUGCUUCAAGUAUCGAGGACAGCGUCUGCGAUGGGCACCGGGCUUAUAAGCCACCCCCCACUUCGUAAAUCAGGCUCAGGAGGGAAAAGGCCUUAUCAAAAACAGACUAAUGGAAGACGGGAUAUGUAUGGCAAUAUGGAUCAGAUAAGCAAACAAUUUAUUGACCAGUUGGUGUGAUCUGUGAUGAAGUUGAGUCCAUUCCUAGCCAAGGCAACCAGUGGUUCCAAUUUAGUGACUGGUGACAUCUCAAGAGAAGUGCAACUGUCACAAUUGCUCAUCAUAAACCUCAGAAGGGCAAAAAAAGAAGAAGACGACCUUUCUCCUGUGGGGGAAAUCUGACAGGAGGCAACUGGGUCUAAUCCAUUCUGGGCACAAUGGUUAACACACAUAACCAGAAGGUCAAUGUUUUAUAGAGAGUUCAAGGUUAUGCCUCCUCCCGCACAGUUAAUGGUUGCUUCUUAACUUGCUGCCCAAACUGAGGUUGACAAAACAAGAACGAUGGAGAAUUGUCUGGGAAGAGCUAUAGCAAGGGGGAUAUAUGGAAAGAGUUGCUGAGCUACACCGGAAAACAACAGAUGGAUGCCACCGUGGGAAAGACACUCAACUGGCUCCUUGCUACCAUGGCAGGAGCCAACUUGUCCCUCUCUUAUUGCUUCAGCCCAGCCUAGGCACCUAACCCACUCUUCUUUGGAACAACAACUGCCACUAUUAUUUAAAAACAACAACACCAACCAACAACAGCAGACACAGUGAAUUCAACUGGUAGAUAAAAUUGUA